AUGGACCAUGGUAGGGUUGUCCUUCGCGUGAAGAUUCAAGCAAAGAUCGAAAUUCCCGCACACUCCCCGCGCUCCCCUCUCCCUUCCGCACCCUCACCGUCACUUUCGCUGAUAAUUUAUCACGCGCGCUUAAAACCCGCCCGGCUGAAGUCCCGCGACGCGCCGCCGACCAAACACAAAGGCCAGAUUAGGAGCUCGACAGGUGAUGCUCGGGGCAGAGCGGCCCGCGUGGAU